AUGGCUCGAUUAAUACAUGGCGUCGCUGUGUCUCCAGUGCCCCGACGUACCGACCCGCUGGCAGACCUGACCGUGCUGCUGAGCCGGCUGCAGCGCUCCAUCCUGCACGCCGACGCCGAGCGUGAGGCCCGGCUGCGCGAGAGCGAGUUUGAACGGGAGAAGGCCCGGGCGAACAUCAGCUAUGCGCGCUCGCUCCUUACCAGGCUCGAGCAGGAAGCGCUCGCCGUCAAGAUCCACGCCCGUCGACAAGAGGCCCAGGCCGACCUAGUCCGGAAAAGGGAGGUUCUCGAGCAAUUGUCCGAACGGCUGAGUGAUCUUGCCGAGUUUGCCGCCGCGGGAAACAAUGGCAGUGGGAUCGCCGAGGAGGACACAUCAGACGGGGAGGACAUUCUGGCCGACAUCGUCAUGACGCCGAGCGAGAGCCUGGACUCGACCAGCCCCUCAACCGCCGCCCACACCGCCACAACGGCAACCUCCCCAGCAACCGGUGCAGUCACAUCGACGGCGCCGACGGCAAUAACAACAACACCAACAACAGCAACCUCCCAAAACCUGCGGUCCCGCCAACCCAACCCGACGCAACCCCAAGUCCAAGCAACAGCCACCACCACCGCCACCGCCCCUAGCAGCACAAGCAGUAGAUCAACCCUCUUCGCCAACCGCCCCACCACCUCAACAAUAACAACAACAACAUCAUCAUCAUCAUCAAACCCGGCCCCCGCAAUCCCCACCACAACCGAAGCGAUCCUCGACCACCACCGCGCCGAGCAGGACGCGCUCUCCGAGUCGAUCCUCAAGCUGGCCUCGGAGCUGAAGGCCUCGUCGCACGCCUUCAGCGCCUCGCUCGAGGAGGACCGCGCGCUGGUCGACCGCGCCGGCCGGGGCAUGGCGCAGGCGGGCGAGCGCAUGGAGGCCGUCACGCGCCGCAUGGGCCUGCUGCAGCGCAUGACCGAGGGCGAGGGCUGGUGGGGCCGGGUCAAGCUUUACGCGCUUGUCUAUGGGUUGAUGGUGGUGCUUGUGUUGCUUGUUGGGGUCGGGCCGAAGUUGAGGUUUUAA